AUGACAGGCAAAAUCCUCUUCACCAAGUCAGGCAAACGCAAGCAAUACCGAUCUCCAGAAGCCAUUCUCCGUCGAAACGACCAAGAACGCGCCCGUCAAAAAGAAAUGAACGAAGCUUUCGACGCUCUCCGCAAAGUCAUUCCAAACGGCGAGUGGAAAGGAAAGAAAAAGUCCAAAUGCGAAACUCUUCAAGGAGCGAUCGAGCACAUUGAAAAUCUUCUCGAACUUCUUGCAACUCCUGGACCAACUGUUUACGAUCAGAACUGUGCAAACUACUACUCUUCGCCAACUUCGUCCUUGGAUCAGAGUGGCUAUUCCUACGGCUCUUCCGGCUACGGUUCGCCUAAUUCAUCAUUGACUCAAGACCAAAAUUGUUUCCCGCAAAUGCCUCAUCUUCAGACAGCAAGCCCAGAAUACCAGUAUUUCGAGCAAUACCCUGAUCUCUCCAACGCCCUUUCGUGCUUUCCUUUCAUCCCGACUGAAGAAGACACUCCUUUGCCGCCUCUAGUUUCUUCAUCUUCUGCCCGUUACUCUCCCUAUUAA